UGAAUAUGUUUCUUCCUUCAGCUGCGUGAACAUCUUUCUUGUCAAAGUAAAUUAAGUUCGUAUUAUCUUCAGUGUUAGAGCCAUUCUUCAGUGACCCUGAGGAAAGACGUUCUCAUUUGAAGUUCUUGUCUUGUAGAAGUUGUGAGGAGUGUCUCGGUGAGAUUGGAGGACAGAGGAUGCUUCAGCUGCCUGAAUCAGCUUUAGAUCACAUCCAUGUUCCGGCUCUUUGGCCUGUUGCUGUGUCUGAAUAUGGAAACGUUGCGCGCAAACGCGGCGCGUGUCUCCACGAGCUGUGCCUUAAUGUUGUUGGACAGAAAUCAGACCGUGUGAAUUAUGUGUGAAUAUGACAUAAAGAUGAAUCUCUCUUCGGUGAACUCAUCCUCUUGGAAACCGGAGUCCGUGGCCAUUUCUUUGAGCUUUUCGGUCAUUUUCCUGGUCGGCACCGUGGGAAACUCUCUGGUCCUCGCGGUUCUGUUUCGUAACGGACAGAUGAACACCAAAACCACCAACCUGUUCAUCCUCAACCUCGGCAUCGCAGAUCUGUGCUUCAUAGUUUUCUGUGUGCCCUUUCAAGCCACCAUCUACACGCUGGAUGAAUGGGUGUUCGGACCUGUGCUGUGCAAAGUCGUGCACUUCAUCAUUUUUCUCACCAUGUACGCCAGCAUCUUCACCCUGACAGCUGUCUCCCUGGACAGGUAUUUAGCCAUUUGUUACCCACUCCGCUCCAGAGAGAUGAGAACACCAAAGAACGCCCUCACCUCCAUCUGCCUGGUUUGGGCAUUGGCCUUGGUUUUCUCUGGACCGUAUCUCAGCUACUACACACAGAUGGACCUGGUCGGCACUGUGGUGUGUAUUCCUGCCUGGGAAUCCAAACCACGCAUCAUAAUGGAUGUGUGCACCUUUGUGUUUGGCUACCUCAUUCCCGUCCUGGUGCUCGGCCUCACCUAUGCUUGCACCAUCCGAUACCUGUGGACCAGCGUGGAUCCCGUGAAGGACAUGUCCGAGUCUCGGUGGGCCAAACGCAAGGUCACAAAGAUGAUCCUCAUCGUCACUGCUCUGUUCUGCGUUUGCUGGCUUCCCCAUCACCUGGUCAUCCUCUGCAUGUGGUUUGGACGUUUCCCCCUCAACCACACCACCUACGUCCUGCGGAUCCUCUCCCACCUGGUGGCUUACACCAACUCCUGCCUUAACCCCAUCGUCUACGCCCUCGUCUCAAAGCACUUCCGCAAAGGCUUCAGGAAGGUUUUCAGCUGCACGCUGAGGACGAAGGAGGUCAACAAGGUGCACGUCGUCCAGGCGGUGAACACUGUCAGCAGUGUGGAGAUGUCCAACUAGAGACACCAGCUUUGAGUCAGACCAGAUGACGAAGGGGAUGAGCCAUCUGAACAUUAUGAACUAUGAACAUAUCCAGAAACUGUUUAAUAACAAAAUGUCCCAACAGUAUUAAUUUCAAGAGAGUAAGAACCAUCUUGAGCGUGGAGUACACCUGUCUAUAAGGACACCUGUCUGUGAGGACACCUGUCUGUGUGAUGAGACAACAGUGGAAGGUGAGGAAUGAGGGAUCAUUAGAGAAAAGGCUGCUUCCUCUGAAUCACUCACCACCAGUUGUAGGACAGAGUCUCUAUUUCUCAACAACUACUGAAUGAAAAAACACCCUCUGCUUGGGAGUGUUCACGUAUUAUUCUAAGGUGGUUAGCCUUGGUGCUAACCCUGCAGUCACAACAUAAACUGUAUAAAUUAGUCUCUUUUGUUGUGUUUUUGUUACCAAGUGCUGAAUUGAUUGUGUUAAUGUUAAUAUUGUUUUUUAUUUUGAUGUAACUUUCAGUGGUGAAACCGGCAAAAGCAGCAUGGCUGUAAACUCUUGUUCAUCAAGAUCAAGGAAAAGUGAUAAUAAAGGAAACUAUACACACAGUUAUAUGCUUUAAUGAGAGAGUGAGGACGUCCUCAGGUACCUUGAUUUGAGUCUAAUCUGGGUUUUUUGUGCUGAAAGCUAACAGGCACAUGUGGCCAGCAUGUAGCACUUAUGGUUGGCCAGAUUCUGAAGUAUUUUUCCUGGAAAUUGCACAAACACUGUCUUACAAGGGAACGACCCAAGUCGAGGGAGCCCUGCUCAUGUGUUUUGUUAUGAAGAUCAUUUCAAAGAAUUUGUAGUAAGCAGUAAUUUACUUUGGGUAAAAUAAGCUUACCCAUUAUCCUGUUGACAAUGUUUGUACCCAGUUUGUAAUUAUUUUAUUUUAUUUUGUAAAUUAAAAAAAAAAAAUUGCAAAUUGCUUUUCUAAAAGGCACAAAGCCUGAAAAAUAUAUAGAUCAGAGUGAAGUGAAA